GCUGGUUUCAGGAUGGAUCCCGAGACUGGGGCCGACUCCCAGAAAGCCGUGAGUUUGCAGUGGAAGAGCUACAAACUGGUCCAGGAUCCAGCCACUCGCCGCGUCACGCAGAAAAUCUACAGAUACGAUGGAGUUCACUUCAGUGUCCCGGACUCUGGGUUUCCUCCGGUGGGAGACCUGCGGGACCCCAGGCCUCGAAGACUCUGGUCCAGAUGUAAAGAAAUGUCCCUCCCAGUGCCAAAGUUUAAGCUUGACGAGUUUUACGUGGGGCCCAUUCCGCUCAAAGAGGUGACGUUCGCUCGACUCAACGACAACAUAAAGGAGCCGUUUCUGGCGGAGAUGUGCGCCAAGUUCGGGGAGGUGGAGGAGAUGGAGAUCCUGUUCCACCCCAAGACGAGGAAACACCUGGGUCUGGCCCGAGUCCUGUUCACAAGCACGAGAGGAGCCAAAGACACCGUGAAACAUCUGCACAACACCACUGUGAUGGGCAACGCCAUCCACGCACAGCUCGAUAUCAAAGGCCAGCAGAGGCAGAAGUACUACGACCUGAUCGUGAACGGGUCGUACACUCCACAGACGGUGCCUCUCGGAGGAAAAGCCCUGAGCGACCAGACGAGAGCCCCGCCCCCGGCGCCGACGCAGACUCAGCCCGACACGUCCUCAGAGAUCCGCCGGCGUCUGUCCAGCGAGCUCGCCGUGUUGGCCGCCGGAGUCCAGGCGCUCACGGCGGGAAACCUGCCCCCGGCGCCGACCUCUGACCCCAGCUUCAGCGAGCCCCGUCUGGACACGCCCUUCACGCCGGGCUCCGCCUCCUCGUCUCAGGGCGGAUCAGGAACGCCGCACAGCUCUCGCUCCGGGACGCCAUUUUCUCAAGACUCAGGAUACGCCGGAAACAGACACAGCAGCUACAGCUCCAGCUCUGGAUACCCUCCCCAGGACAUGCUCCCCUCCUCCUCCUCUUCGUCCGCCGUCUCCUCCACCGUGGGCGGGUACAAAGUCUCGCGUUACCCCGACGACCUCCAGGACUCCACCGUGCACUACCGCGGCCGCCCCCUCUACCCGCCCACCUCCGGUUACCGCCCCAGCGAACCGCCCUGCUACCCGCCUCCCUACGCCAACAUGAGCGGCCCGCACGUGCCCCACCACUCGGGCAUGCCGCCGCCGCCGCACCAGUACGAGCAGGAGCGGGAGCGGGACAGGGAGCGGGACGGGAGGUACGGAGGAGCGCCCGGCGGCAUCAGCUCCAGGAGGUCGUCGUACCACCACCAGGACUCGAACUCUUCCUCGAAAUACUCGUCGUCGCACCAUUCCCACCACCAUCGGGAGGAGCGGGGCUACGGCAGGAGGGACAGCGCCGGGUCUCGAUCGGGCGACCACGGGAGGCACCACCGAAACCACCACCACUCGCACAACCACAGCGGCGGCGGGCGGAGGAGGAGCAGCCACGACCGAGACAGAGACCGAGACCGCGACCGAGACGACUACGGCAAUAACGACCCCCGCUACAACUCGCACCGCUCCUCCUCCAACAGCCUGUCCCCGCCGCCGUCCGCGUACAAAGACUCGACGCCGGCGCAGGAGUCCAGGCUGGGGCAGUGCGCCGACAGGGUGCCGCCCGCUCCUCCGCCCUCCUCCUCCUCCUCCUCGUCCUCCUCCUCCGCCGAAAAGGACCAUCAUCACGCGGCACCGCAGAACCCGCCAGCCCCGCCGCCGCCUCCUCCACCCCUCCCGCCCGCCUCCGUCAUGGCCGCAGCCGUCGCAGAGUCCCUCGAUUUCACGCAAGUCCAGGUCCAGGACAGCCCCAAGGAGCAGUGGACCAAACCCAAACGCAGACCCAGCACUCCGCCCAUUCCACCCAAAACCCCGCCCCUCAACAAGACCCCGCCCCCUCCCGCCAUCUCCUCCUCCUGCGCCGCCUCGCCCACCUCCACCUCCCUCCCCCUGCCCCCGCCCGCCGCCUCGCCGCCGCCGCCGGCCCGAGGCUCCUCCUCCCCCGAGCCCGACUCCACCAACGAGAGCCUGCCGUUCGUCUACCACAGCAGCAGCCUGGACUCUCGCAUCGAAAUGCUCCUCAAGGAACAGAAGGCCAAGUUCUCGUUCCUGGCGUCGGACGAAGAGGACGAGGACGGGCAGAGGAGGGACGGCGAGGGGAGGAAGAGCGGGGAGGGGGAGCAGGGCGAGGGAGGAGACGCCGGGGAGAAGGAGCGACGGAGAGGAGAGAGAGGGAGGAAGAGGGGGAAGGGAGGAGGAGGAGGAGAGGGGAGGAAGAGUCCGAGCGCGGCGCUACAGGCGGCCGUGCCCUCCUCCUCCUCUUCGUCGCACGCCGAGCCCGCGCCGCCGCCAGACGAGAAACAGGCGUCUCUCUCCGGGUCCACGGCCCCAGACGAGGACGGAUCUCAGACCUCUGCAGUCGACUCUGUCCCCCGGAGCGGAGCCCACACACCGCCCUACAACGGACAGAGCCAGCCGUCCCCUCACUCGUCCGGCGAGGACAUGGAGAUCUCCGACGAAGAGGACGGAGAGACCGCCUCCAUCUCCACCGCACACCGCCCCGCCCCCGGCUCCUCCCCCGGCUCCUCCGCCCAGCCGAGCUCCGCCCCCCAGCCCGCCCGCCCCGCCGACGGCUCCUCGUCCCCUCCCGACUCCUCGUCCUCGCAGCACUACUCCGGCUCCAUGCACCCGCCCAUGCCCUCGUACCCGCCGCACCCCCCGCCGCCGCCGCCCGGGUACUCGCUCCAGCCGCCGCCUCCCCCGGGCAUCCCCCCCCUCGCCCACAUGGAGCUGCACCCCGAGUACCCGCCGCCCAUGCCCCCGCCGCACCUGUACGACUACGCCUCGUCCAUGGAGCUGAUGAGCCAGUACAGCGGCGGGGCGCCCAUGUCCUUCCAGAUGCAGACGCACAUGCUCAGCCGACUGCACCAGAUGAGGGUGGCAGCGUCCAGCGCCACGCCAGCUCUGACCCCGGGACCAGGAGAGGGCGCUACAGCCGACUACAGCUCGUACCACCUGCACUCGAUGCCCCCGCCACCUUUUAUGGAGCAGGAGGGCAGCAGCUCCCACUACGACCAGGACCACAGAUACAUGCCCCCGCACAUGCCGUACCCGUACCACUCGGACCCCCACAGCUCCCAGCUCCCUCCCCCUCCCGUGCCCCCCCCUCACGGCCUGCCCCCUCCCUCCUGGCCCCCCUCCCCCCCGCACUUCCCCUUCAUGCCUCCGCCGGGCUACGGCACCGUGCUGCCCGCCUCCCAGGAGGGCGGCGCGGGCGAGGGGGCGGAGUACCGCGGCGUGCCCGGGGAAGAGCCGCCUCCUCUGGCCGAAAACCCCCACGAGGCCACGGUGCAGCUGGUCCUGGCCUCGCUCAUCCAGGAGAUGAAGAACAUCAUGCAGAGGGACCUGAACAGGAAGAUGGUGGAGAACGUGGCCUUCAACACAUUUGACGAGUGGUGGGAGCGAAAGGAGACCAAGGCCAAGCCGUUCCAGACGAUGGUUCGCGGUGUCUCUGCUCUUCGUGACGAGGAGAAGAAGGAGGAGAAGCUGAGUCGACCCCGAGAGCCGCUCAUGAGCCUCGUGGACUGGGCCAAGAGCGGAGGAGUGGAGGGCUUCGGCCUGAGGGGGGCGCUGCGUCUGCCGUCAUUCAAGGUGAAGAGGAAAGAGCCUCAGGAGCUGCAGGAGGGAGACAUGAAGAGACCAAGACCCCAGACUCCUCCAGAAGACCCAGUGGAGAGGAGGAGAGCGGAGGAGAGACACGCCGCAGAGAGGGACAACAAACGCAGGAAAAAGAAGCCGAGGAACAGGAAACCGUGGGAGCUGGACAGCGAAGGAGAGGAGACGUCGGACGGAUCGGACGAGGACAAGGAUGAAGAGGAGAGUGAGAAGGACUCGGAUGACGAGGCGCUCAGUGCGGACAGUGACGACGAGAGCCUCUCCUCUUCCUCCGGCUCCUCCUCCGGCUCCUCCUCCUCCGAGAGCGACGAAGAGGAAGGAGAACGGCUGGACACAGACCCCGAUACCAUGGACGAUUCCACCAUGGACAGCACCGCAGACAGGAGUAAGAUGGCCACGGCAGGUACAAAUCUCGACAUUCGAUCAGGUGAAGCCAGACCGAUCAAACCGGAGCCGCCCAGCGCAGCCCCAGACUCCGCCUCCAAACGCCCGCCCUCUCCGCCCUUCCCCCGCCCCUCCUCUCCCGUCAUCCUGGUCCCGCCGCUCAAAAAACGCCGGAAAAACGUCUCAUUCUCCACGGACGACUACGAGCCCAAACCCGCCGUGCCCCUGUCCCCGUCCGUGCCCGAGCCGUGCCCGCCUUCGCCCGCCCGCUCCCUGGACACUCCCUCCUCCGCCGCCGCCACCCCGCAUCCUCCGCCGGCCUCCGGAAAACCCGCACACGGAAUCCAGCUGUUACCUUUCGCGUCCAAACCUGGAUCAGGGAACGCGCUCAUCCUGCCCCCGGCGCACGAGCACGACGACUACAAAAAAGGUCUCCCGGUCUCGCCGCCUCCAGCGAAAUCCCCGAACAAACGCGGGAAGGACUCGCCGAAAUCGCCGAUCGUCACUCCUCCGCCGAUCAUGGUCUGUCGAACUGUCCAAAACUUACCUCUGGAUCACGCUUCUAUGUGCAAAAUCGCCUACGAAGAAGUCCCGGCUCCUCUGCCGCCCAGUAGCAAACGCGGGAAGGGAAGACAACGCACCACCAGUCAGUCCAACCUGCAGUCUUUCAGGGAGGAGGACGAGGACGAGAGCCGGCUACGAGGCGCCUCCAGCCUGCUCCAGCUCGCCGCGACGCCCACCGCCGAUUUGUCCGUUCUGGCCGACGUGGCGCUGAAAAUGGACCCGGACGCGGGGGAUUCCGAGGAGACCGAAACAUCCGACGAAGCGGAAGAGCACAAAAUGGAGGAUCCGUACUGCCCCGAGGCGCUGGCGGUCACCAUGUCCCCGGAGGGCGUCCUGGUUUUCAUCGAGCACAGCUACUGCAAACCGCCGCACACCGCCCCCUACCUGCGGAGGGCGUCCAAGCAGGAGUCGUCGGUGCUGCUGCCGGCGGACCUGAACGCGAUCUCGGGCGUGUUGGAGGCGCCGGAAGAGGUGAUCGAGGAAGCGGAGAGGGACGGGGCGGACUACGCGGCGCUGGCGGAGGAGGCCGGGCACGCGCAGUCCAAGAAGAAAGGACGGAAGAGCGGCUUCGAGCUGGAGAAGGAGAGGAACAGGAAGAGGCGGAGAGACAAGGAAAACGUAGAGCACACGAAGAAACGCAAAGAGCCACAGAGCAAAAAGCAGCGCAAGAGGAAGUCAGAGGACUCGGACCUGGAGGAGGACGUGGACGUGGAGGAGCUCGAGUCCGGGGAGUUGAGCAGUUCUUCCGACUCGGGCGAGGAGCAGGUGAGGCGAGGAGGAGGAGGAGAGGAGGUGAGGAAGAGCGAGAGACUGUUCCUCCAGGACGCCGGCGUCUCCAAACCCAUGGACCUGCCCGCCGCCCCCGUCCCCGCCCCCGUCAAGUUCGAGAACCGCAGCGAGUUCGAGCAGAUGACGAUCCUCUACGACAUCUGGAACUCGGGUCUGGACGGAGAAGAUCUGGGGCUGCUCCGGAAAACCUACGAGAAGCUGCUGCAGGACGACCACGGCUCCGACUGGCUCAACGACACGCACUGGGUCGGACACACAGUGACGAACCUCCCGACACCGCGGAGAAAGAAGAAGUCUCCGGACAGUACGCUCCGGGAGCACGUGACGGGAUGCGCCCGCAGCGAGGGCUACUACGCCAUCAGCCGCACGGAGAAGGACGUGUACCUGGACCUGGACCUGCCCGAGCAGGUCAUCAGGGAGGUGGAGAACACGGACACCACGGGAACGAAUCGCGUUCUGUCCGAGAGACGCUCGGAACAGCGCCGCCUGCUGACGGUGAUCGGGACUCCGGCCACGAUGGACUCGGACCUGCUCAAACUCAACCAGCUCAAGUUCAGGAAGAAGAAGCUCCGGUUCGGCCGCUCCAGGAUCCACGAGUGGGGCCUGUUCGCCAUGGAGCCCAUCGCCGCCGACGAGAUGGUCAUCGAGUACGUGGGGCAGAACAUCCGACAGAUGGUGGCUGAUAACAGGGAGAAGCGUUACGCACAGCAGGGCAUCGGCAGCAGUUACCUGUUCAGAGUCGACCACGACACCAUCAUCGACGCCACCAAGUGCGGAAACCUGGCCCGCUUCAUCAACCACUGCUGCACCCCCAACUGUUACGCCAAAGUCAUCACCAUCGAGUCUCAGAAGAAGAUCGUGAUCUACUCGAAGCAGCCGAUCGCCGUCAACGAAGAAAUCACCUACGAUUAUAAGUUCCCCCUGGAGGAGAACAAGAUCCCCUGUCUGUGCGGCACCGAGAACUGCAGAGGAACGCUCAACUGAGGCCGAGGAACCCACUGAGGAACCCACUGAGGAACCAUCACCGAGGCAGGUCUGGCCACGAGAGCCGACAAGGAAACGCUCAGACAAGACGCCGCCGCACUGCAGAAAAAAACAAAAACAAUUCCAGGGUUUAAGACGCUUCAACUCAGAAUUCUCGAUUUGAUCAGUAGACGACGAAACAAAACAAUCUGUGUGUUGGUUCAUUCAUUCGUUUUUCGAAAUAAAACCAAAAAUAAGAAAUCGAAAAAGAAAACAACAUUUUUCUUCAUUAUUUGUUUCCAAAACCAAAAUGAAAAAAACAGAUAAUGAUUUGUUUUUUCAGAUUUCGAUUUUGUGUUUAAAUGAAAAAUGGAAAAAAAAUGAUAACAGACUGAACCAGGUCUAAACCAGGUCUAAACCAGGUCUUCCAGGAUUAAACCAAGAUUUAACCGGUCUGAGCCCUGGUCUCAGUCCUGGUCUCAGUCCUGGUCUCAGUCCUGGUCUCAGUCCCGGGCUGGUCCCAGUCCCAGUCUCAGUCCAGAUCACCCAGUCCUGGUUCAGUCCAGGUUUAGGACCGAGAGCGGGACCAAGAGCAAGACUGGGACCAAGACCAGGAUCAGAUCAGGAUUAAAGGAGGAUUAGAUCGGGAUUGAGACUGGAACUGAGACCAAGACCAGACCAGGACUGAGACCAGUUUAGACCUGGUUUAGACCUGGUUUAGUCCUGGUUUAGUCCUGGUUUAGUCCGUUAUUCAAUUUUUUCCAUUUUUCAUUUUAAACGUGAAAUCAAAAACAGAAAAAUUUAAUCAGUUUUGGAGACAAAUAAUGAAGAAAAUUGUUGUUGUUUUUUUUUUCCGUUUUCUUAUUUUUGAUUUUAUUUUGAAAAACAAAUAAACGAACGACACAGAUUCAAAACGUCCUUAUCUGUAGCUUCUGUCGCCCUGAAUGACACUGAAAAAAAAAAAAAAAAAAAAGAAACACAGCUAAUCUAGACCAAGUAAGUUUUAUUUAAUCAAAACUACUCGAAUGUCUGAGUUGAAGUGGUUUUCUCUCUGUAGUGUUUUCUGCGGCGCUCUCCUCCUUCACCAGCUCGAGACCAGGAUCCCAAACGCACCAAAAGCACUUUCACGCACCGAAACUCGAAACCCGACGCCAUUUUCUGGUUUAAACGUCCUGAAACGACAAAAUCGAGACGGUUCAAACGGAAACCAACCUGAUUUGAGCCGUUUUAAAGAGGGGGUGUUACACGAAAUGCAUUUUUUUAUUUAUUUUUUUUUAGCUUUUCCCCCCCAAACGUUUUCUCGCCAAAAACCAUCCUGAGGUGGUUUUGGAGCCAUUCACGCAUGUUUGAGUAAUCUAGCGAUCUCCCCCGGGUCCUUAUUUUGAUUUAGCAGAGGGGGAGGAGCGACCCGGAGCUUCGAAAAUUCCAAAAUGCGUCGUUUUCAGUGAAUAUAACAUUUUCAAAGCAUUAAAAGUUAAGAGUUAUGUCAAGUACCCCCUCUUUAAACAAAAAAAACUCGCAAAUUACGUUAAAAUUCAGGUCAUUUGGGUCAUUCACGUCCUGUUCACGUCCUUUUCCUUCAAAAAAAAAAAAAAAGACAAAAAAAACAAAACAAAAAAAAAACCGCACAGAUUUCAAAAUUUCAGGGUUUUUAAAAACGCUUUUAAAAUGUAAUGGACAAUUUGGAGUUUAUUUUUACACGAGUUUGAGACGAUUGUUUUGGAGCUUUUCUGUUUUCAGCGCGUUAAAUGUUGUCUCUUUGUUUUUUUUUUGUUUUGUUUUUUUUGUUUCUGUCCCUGUUUCACGUCACAGCCCAAAAUCCCUUUAACAAACUCAGAGACGGAAUGAAUUUAAACCUCCAACGUAAGAAAAAAAAAAAAAAAAACGUGGAAAAAAUAAUAAUAAAAGGGUUUGUGGAAGUUGGAAAUGGUCGCUCAGGGUGAAGACCCGAGAUUGUUUUUGUUGAAGAUUCGCGUUCGCUCAAAGAAAAAACUCCACAAAUGUCUGACUUUAAUUUUGAUUUAGGUCGUUUUGAAUCCGACUUUUUCAGUUCCGAUACGAAUUCCGACUUUUUGGGUUUAGUUCUGUCGAUAUCCGGUGUCAACGAAGGAUCGGACGAGACUGACAUGAGAAAAAUUAUCUUUUUUCCCAAAGCGUUUCCAUUUGGUUUGGACAAAAAAACAAUCACGUGUUUGUGAGUUUCCACUCUUAAGGUUCCAAAAAUCGUCGCUAGAACGGAAAAGGAACAUGUUAAAUCAAAUAAAAACUAAAACGUGAGGCCGGAAUUGGAAACUGAACUGUGAAAAUCUUCUCAUUCUCAACCCAAUCUCGUUUCUCGAAUCGUCUUUUGCAAAUCGUGUCUUGUCCCAUCUGUAAAUUUAACCGAUUUAAGUCUUAUUUAAGCCACUACCGGGAUAUCGGCUGAACCGAUACCACGGAACCGAUACCCGAUGCCGAUUUGUUUUACACGACUCAUGGAUUUUAAGGCACGAUGAAAUUAGUUUUGACUCCAAGUGAAGUUUCGUUCUCGUUCUGAAACCUGCCGCUCGUUGUUGCAGUCGUCCGUUUUACAAAGUUUAUUCACUUGAAUCGAGACGCAAGAAACGGAUCCAAACCAAACAUUUCUUAUUUCUGUACUUGAAGAUAUUUUAACUCAUGUUGGAGUUGUUUUUCACACCGUAUCUGAACAGAAGUGUCUCUGGUUCGUAUACAUGUCCAGGCUGGUCCGGUCCGGAUUCUGGUCCAGUACAUGUUCUGGUCCAGUCUGGUCUGUAUACAGGUCCUGUAAAGUCUGUAGACUGGUCCGGUCCGAUCCAUAUUCUGGUCCAGUCCAGUUUGGUCUGUAUUCUGGUCCAGACCAGUCCAGUCCGGUCUGGAUUUUGGUUCAGUCCUGUACGAGUUCUGGUCCAGUCUGGUCUGUAUACAGGUCCUGUAAGGUCUAUAAACUGGUCUGGUCCAUAUUCUCAUCCGUUCUCGUCCAUUCUCGUCCGUUCUGGUCUAGUCUGGUCUAGUCUGGUCUAGUCUGGUCUAGUCUGGUCCAUAGUCUGGUCCAGUCUGGUCCGUAUACUGGUCCAGUCUGUAUACCAGUCCGGUCCAGUUCAUAUUCUGAUCCAGUCCGGUCUAGUACAUAUUCUGGUCCAUUCUUGUCCAGUCCGGGCUGUAUACUGGUCCGGUCUGUACACCCGUCUGGUCCAUAUUCUGGUCUAGUCCGGUUUUGUCCAUAUACUGGUUUGGUUCGUAUUCUGGUCUGUAGUUUGGUCCAGUCCAGUCCGUAUUCUGAUCUGGUCCGGUCCGUGUUCCGGUCCGUGUUCCGGUCCGUGGUCCGGUCCGUGUCCGGUCCGUGUUCCCGUCCGUGGUCCGGUCCGUGGUCCGGUCCGUGGUCCGGUCCGUGGUCCGGUCCGUGGUCCGGUCCGUGUUCCGGUCCGUGGUCCGGUCCGUGGUCCGGUCUCUGCUCGGGUCUCGUUCUGUAAACAGAUUUUCAAAAUGGCCGCUGAGUUUCAAAGUUAAAUCCUUUUCUUUGAGCUCCGUCUCCGUUUCGUUUUUCCUCUGAGUUUUUCUUUGGGAAACUUGAACUUUCGACUUUUCAGCGAAAAAAAAAAAACAAAAAAAACAGAGAAAAUAAUUAUAAUUAUUUUACUAAUAAGAAUGUUAAAGGAUCUGAGCACUGCAGAAAAUCUCCUCGACUGACUUGAAUUAUAAUUUUUUAAAAAAAAAUUAUAAUUCUCUAAAUGUGUAAACAUGUAAAAUAUAUAAAAAUAUAUUGAAUCUCAAAUCAAGAUUCAUAAUUUGAAUGUAAUUUGUUUAGAUAUUUGUUUGGGAUUUGCAGUUUUCGGGUUCUGCAGUUCGUCCCGUCAAAAUGUAAAAACUGAAACUUUUCAAAACUUCAAAAAAAUCCAAAUAUAAUAAAUAUAAUUCUCGCAGCGGUCACGUGACUCAUCUGCAGUCCGGUGGAUUAAGCCAGAUGCCCUCCCUCCCUCCUGUGUUCCCUGGAUACUUCAGUUAUUUUUUGGGGAAAUUUUAAAGAGAAGAUUAUAUUUUUAUAAUUUGGAAAAAUGAAAACUGUGCUCCGCGUAGAAAUAAAUCUGUCGACAAGUCGCCCGAGAGUCAAACUGAGAAAAAAAACCCCUCUUUUGUUCAAUUAUUUAAAGGCCAAUAUCACUGAUUUAUCUCUGAUCUGUUCUAAUGUCGUUUCCUCACCACAAACGGAAAAAAACUCUGUCCCAAUUUGUGAUGUCAUGUGGUGAUACAGGAAGCGCUCCAGUGUGUUUUUAAACUCCACACACCUUCACUAGAACACAUACAUCACGAAUUUUGGACUUCAAAUCGUCGCGCAAUUCACACUGGGAAGGAUCCUCCGAAAAAGUGAGCGUCAAACCGCCGAGGGACGUGUCUAUUGACAAAGUCGAUCUUUUCAAGUCUUUUGAACCAUAUCACUUUUGUUUCUGGUUCUGAUAUUGUCAUAUUUUAGUUUUGGGAUUCGGACAUGGUAAUUGUUGUGGUUGUUGGAUCCUAACAGCGGAAAACGACUCGAGAAAUUUGUUUGUGAACUUCAUAAAUGCAAAAGUGAAUC